UCCAGUGCGCGGCCAGACCGGUGUGGGGCAGGCGCGCGGCGAGGGCGCACGCGAGAGCAGGGCGACGUCGCGGGCUUCGCGCGCCGGUCCCGAUGGCUGCCAGGUCCCAGCCCAGCGCUCCCACGGCAGAGAACCUGGGCAGCACCACCCAUGGCCAGCCUGUGUCCCAAGGCCAGUGGGGCCGUGCCUGGGAGGUGGACUGGUUCUCCUUGGCGAGCGUCGUCCUCCUGCUGCUCUUUGCGCCCUUCAUCGUGUACUACUUCAUCAUGGCCUGUGACCAGUACAGCUGCUCCCUCACCGCCCCCGUGGCCGACAUCGCCACCGGCCGGGCCCGCCUCGCCGACAUCUGGGCCAAGACCCCGCCGGUGACAAAGAAAGCAGCCCAGCUGUACGCCUGCUGGGUCUCGUUCCAGGUGCUGCUGUACGUGAUGCUGCCUGACUUCUGCCAUAAGUUUCUACCAGGCUACGUGGGAGGCGUCCAGGAAGGGGCCGUGACCCCUGCAGGGGUCGUCAACAAGUACGAAAUCAACGGCCUGCAAGCCUGGCUCAUCACCCAUCUGCUGUGGUUCGCCAACGCGUACCUCCUGUCCUGGUUCCCACCCACCAUCAUCUUUGACAACUGGAUCCCGCUGCUGUGGUGCACCAACGUCCUCGGCUACGCCGUCUCCACCUUUGCCAUGGUCAAGGGCUACUUGUUCCCCACCAACGCCGAAGACUGCAAAUUCACAGGCAACUUCUUUUACAACUUCAUGAUGGGCGUUGAGUUUAACCCCCGGAUCGGGAAGUGGUUUGACUUCAAGCUGUUCUUCAACGGGCGGCCCGGCAUCGUUGCCUGGACCCUCAUCAACCUGUCCUUUGCGGCCAAGCAGCGGGAGCUCUACGGCCACGUGACCAACUCCAUGGUCCUGGUCAACGUCCUCCAGGGCAUCUACGUGCUCGACUUCUUCUGGAACGAAGCGUGGUACCUAAAGACCAUCGACAUCUGCCAUGACCACUUCGGCUGGUACCUGGGCUGGGGCGACUGCGUGUGGCUGCCCUACCUCUACACACUGCAGGGGCUGUACCUGGUCUACCACCCGGUGCAGCUGUCCACCCCGCACGCCUUGGGCGUCCUGCUGCUGGGCCUGCUGGGCUACUACAUCUUCCGCAUGGCCAACCAUCAGAAGGACCUGUUCCGCAGCACUGACGGCCGCUGCCUGAUCUGGGGCCGGAAGCCCAGGGCCAUCGAGUGUUCCUACACCUCGGCCGACGGGCAGAAGCACCGGAGCAAGCUGCUGGUGUCCGGCUUCUGGGGCGUGGCGCGCCACUUCAACUACACGGGCGACCUGCUGGGCAGCCUGGCCUACUGCCUGGCCUGCGGCGGGGGCCACCUGCUGCCCUACUUCUAUGUCAUGUACAUGACCAUCCUGCUGACCCACCGCUGCCUGCGGGAUGAGCACCGCUGUGCCAACAAGUACGGCGCCGACUGGGCGCGCUACAAGGCCGCCGUGCCCUACCGCCUGCUGCCCGGAAUCUUCUAGAACACUGGGCCCAGUGCAGUGGCUGUGAAGGAGGUGUGGCCUCCCAGCGCCGCCCUCCAGGAGCCUCGGCCUGCUCAUCGUAGAACGGAAAGGGCCUGGCCCUCGGCAGCUGUCCGGUCCAUGUCAGCGCUGGGCCCCCGCCUCCGUUCCUGGGGAUUCUGGGAGUUUGUCCCAGCCGCCUUCUCACCAGUAGCAACUACUUAUACCUCAGUCCCCGGGCCAGCAGGUGACGGGGUCACGGCUCAUAGCCCGUUGGGGGCGGAGCCGCCGCCCUGCCCAUCCCCGGACUUUUCCCUGUAGAGGGUGUUUGCCAGCACUGUCCGCCGUGCUCGGGGACUCCUAAUUCUGUUGAAUAAACGUGGAAGUUGGCCUGCGA